AGGAGCUUAGAGGAGAGUUAUCAAGAAUCAGCCGCAGUGAAGCAGGUUCUAUUGGUGCAGCCCUCCUCUGCUGCAGCUGUGCGAGCCUUCUCCCUACUCUCAGCGGCAUUUAACGUUCAGCAGGACAGCGCUCUGGCAGACUAUCUCCAGGCCAGCGUAAUGUUGCAGUGCAAAAAGCGCUGAUGUUGACUUGUGUAUACUAUUCUUAUCCAUGUUUAUUCAAGCAAUUAUUGGCCCCGAAAGAACUCAGAACUGUCAAGACAAGUUGAUUUACUUCGUGGCUUGAUACUUUCAGCGUUAUAGUUCGCUAUAGUUUGAGUUAGUUUAAAUCAACAGAGUAUUAUAUUCUUUUGGUUCAGUCAGUAUAUACAAGUGUGAUCGUUAAGUCUUUGAAGGCAUUUUACAAACGGUUCAGAGAUGUGAGCGGCUAAUUUGGACAGCUGAGGACCGAGACAAACUGCCAUAAAACACAAAUAAAUUUACAACAACAGUUUAUUUGAAAACAUCAUAAUUUGGUGUCGUUAUUGCGCGCCUAUAUCUACAGAAUCUACGUCAUUUUGUGAGCAUAAUUUCGGAAAUCAGGAGCAUAAUUCGGGAAUUCCAGCAUAAUUUAGAAAAAUUUCGAGGACUGCUAGCAGCAUAAUAUGCCACUUUUAGGAGCACAAUCCGCCAAGGCCUACCCCAAUCUUCUCUCACCCUCUCUCACCCCUAAAACACGUAAAUAGUAGCCCGCGAAAACAUCCGUUUCUCUCGCUCUUCGCCGCUGGGGACGUUUCGCGCAGAGGAACGUCUGCGACUCAGCGGCAGAAAUUCCAUACUGAUGACCCAAAUCAAUGUUUACAUAAUAAAUCCGGUAGUCAUGGGGUUCCAAAUAUAAAUUUGUCCAGUUUUAUGUGUCUUGUGGUCGGUUUUUGUAAAGUGUUGCGUUCAUCUGCCAACGAGCUCCAGCAAAACUCAAAUACGUCUUCUAGAGAAGACUAUAUUCCACAAAUAUUGACUGUUUUGUUAGAGACUCUUCGCGUUUUAAUACAUUUGACCUUUGUGGCCUUUUGUCUUUUGUCUGUCGUUAGUAAACAAUAGCUAAAACAAUGUAACUACUCCGUCGACCAAUCAGCGCUUCUGACCGGAUUCCGGACAGAUUUUACGUCAUCAGUAUGGAAUUUCUGUUGCUGAGUCGCAGACGCACGGAUGUUAACGAGUGCUGACCAUCCGCCCUGGUGCUGACCUUAAAGGAACAGUAUCCCGUUACUGCGCAUGCACCAAACUGUGAGUUUUGGACAGGAUGUCGCGAAAUCAAAAGAUGCGAGGAGAGUAAGAGAAUCUUGAAAAAUCCGUUUGCAUCGCGCUUGGCCGGGUUCAAUACGACACUAAAACUUCUCAGGAUUAUAGAUAAAUGAUAUAUUGUUCCUGUUAAGUUUCGAUUUGAGCAAAAUCUGGAUUUUUUGGCGUUACUUUUAUUGCCGUUGGCCGGAGGACCGAAAGAUUGAAAGCACUUUAAUGCCGAUUGAAGGCUUAUUUCUUCUGCUAGCUUCCAUACAAGCUCAGAUAAUUGUGAAAGGAAUACGCAGAAAUGAAACAGCAACAAUAAAGACUGUAAGAAAGAAACCGUUGAGACAUUGAUGUGACUGAGGAGAUCUUCUUCGUGAAGCAGAAUGUUUUGCAACGACGCGUUAGUAAACUUUUAAAUGAAUCUCCCUACGGCCGACAAAAUCAAACAAACAGGCGCUACAUCUUUUGAAAAACUAUUGACAUGAAAUCAUAAUAUCAUUUUUGACUAACCUUUGUGAUGAUUCAUAGCGUUGAGAUUGCAUUUUUAGUUAUGUCUUUCAAGCGUUUGAGACUAGAACGCGAGAAAAUCAGGCAGAUAUUACUGGACUUGGAGCGAUUGACCUCUGACACGAGUUUCAAAUUAGAAAAUAUGUUUUUAAAGCGAGCGGAACGAGAUUUUCGGGUCGCGAGGCGGCCCAGCUAGCGAUAAAAUCGCGAUGAGUCUUCGAACCGCGAGCCAAAUUUUUAUAUAAGACGAAAGACUUCUUCGAAAGUCUAAAAUAUUACUUGAGAACAUAAACAACAAAUCUCUGUCGGCGGUGCGGUCCGGAACGAAAUCUUGUCGAGUCAAUUUGACAGUUCUAUUGUCUUUUGAAGAAAAAACAGAUGACGCUCGCGCGUGCGCAUAAUCGGGACACUGUCCCUUUAAAGGUCAAAUGAACCAAAAAAUUGACAUAUUUUCUUUUGUCGCUUCACCUUUACCAAACACUAAAAAGAACCAUCCUAAGUGAGAUUUGGGUAAAGGUUUUUCUUCCCAAGCCUUCAUAGAAAGAUAAAAGAUCAAAAUCCGAGCAUUUCCGAAGACUUCACGAAAACGUUUCUGAAAUGGCCGCAUGAUAGACUGGAGACUACGUGACGUUAAUGUUGGUCUUUUCAGGGCGGAAAAACGUUCUGCGCAAGCUUCUGCGCAUCUCUUAUCGCCUGCGUUUGUUUGUCUCGUUCUGUAAGAGUUCUGACUGAGACUGAAUGAAAUACACGAGGUGCAAACGUUUGCUCCUUGUAAAGGCUUUUUUCUGUUUUUGUUGUUGUUGUUUUUUCGUCACUUGAAAACUUCUUUGGAUUCAGAACAACCAAUGUUAGAUUAAAAACAGAUCAUUCCGUCAGUCUGAGGUGGAAUAAAACGUUUUGAACAUUUCUAAACAGGUUUGUAUUUUUCUGAUAUUAAAUUGUGCAUUCGAUUUGUGAGAUGAUUUUGUGUCCAGUGCUUCGCCUACUUUCGCCGGGUUGAAUUAAAACCUGCUUGUAUUCUGUUAUUGGUAGUUAUGGUUACUUUUUUUACAUGCCCAGUUUUAUUUACCUUUGCAGAAUCAGCUUUAUCCUUGUCUUCAGUCAAAGAACCGAACGGCUAACGCAUGCGAGUGAACAACCUUGUGCGCUUUUAAGCUAGCUUCUAAGUUUUAAAAACUUUCUCGGAACUAUAAUAGAAGGCCAGCAAGCUUACUCGAAAAGAAAAGACUACUUGGAUCAUUUUUCUGUUGCUCAAGUAAUAAUAGCCAGAGUUUUUUUCCUGUAGUUUUUUCUGUUUUAAUUACAUAGUUUUGUUAUCUUUCUGUAAGCAAAUUUUUCUUUCACUCGCUGUGAAGUAGCGGAGAAUGACAACUGCCGGCAGUGACUCCAAAACAAUCGACUCUUUGCCCGUAAACAAUUGCUGGAGCUGGAUUUGACUAAAGCGAGCAAAACAAAUCCUUACGUGCAGUUUUCUGUAUUUUCUAAUGAUUCAGUUUGCUGAGUUUAAUUUGCUUGAAUGAAGACCCUCGCAUGGACCAGUUAUUAAAAGUAGCAAAUCUAGCUAAGUAGUCGGAAUCAUGGUUUGGCUUCGAAGCGUGCAACUGAUCUUUAGGUAGGUUGUUUCCAUACAGAAAAAUCACUUCUUCUUUGUCAGCGGGUAUAAGAGCCUUAAGCCUUAUGUUUUUUUAAUGAAAAUUUGUUGUUUUACAACGUUAUUGGAGAUUUUUUUAGUUCACUUAAGCUGAAUUUUAUGCAUGAUGGAAUUGUUCUUUGCUUGUAGCAUCUCUUUGCCAGCUUAAAGUGGCGUCUAUGGUCCUUAAAGUGACCUCAAUCGGUAAUUAAAUCUUAUACAUAAUUGGAAAGAAGUUUUUGCAAUAAUGUAACUUCAACUUUGUCUGAAGAAAGUCUUACUUACGCGUAGGUUUUUGACAGGUGUUAUGCAUGUUCAAUUUGAAAACACAAAGCAAAAUUAAUCUGCACGAAACGAUCAAGUUUAAAAACUAUGGUUUCUUUGAAACCGAUCUUGGGGAAGAUUUACUAGAUAAUGAUUAACUCUUUUUCUGCCCACAUAUCAACGCCAAAACUUCUACAUUGAGGAUUUUGUUUAUGUUUUAGUGAUCCGCCAAGCUAGAAGUGUCCGAUCGCGCGUGGGUUUUAAAAUAUCAGCUCGAGUGCGACAAAGUUCAGUGACAAUUCAAACAAGUUUGUGGACAAACUUGAAUUUCUUUGGGCAGAUUAUUAUACAAAGAUAUUUUGUUUUUGUGUCCACGGUGGAGCUCCGGACCUUAUUUUGUGAAUGCGUCUUGAAAAAAAUCGCACUUACGCACGCACAUUUCCAGUACAACUCAAGAAAAUUAGUAAAUGUCGUUAAAGUCCGUUUUACUAUGAUGUAUUCUUCGAGAAAAUUAAAUAAUAAGAAGGUUAUAACAUCAGCUUGCAACUUUUGAAGACAAAUUGCCUGUUCUUUCUAAUAUGGCCGCACAAGCCACUUCCGCGCCAAGUCGCACAACUCGAAAAACUCUGUUUUGAAUUUCCCGCUUUUUUUCACCUGACCAACAUUGACGUCACAAGCUGUUUUUCCCGACAAUUUUUCCGACCGCUCUACGAAGAUAAGGGCCAAAAAAUAGCAAUUUUUAAUUGCGAAUAUCUCGGAGAUACUUGCUUCAAUUGAGCUGAAACUUCAUAGUAUGUUUAUUUGGUGCAUAUUAAGCACACUUCACUAGAAUUGUACUAAAUUUAAAAAGGUCGAAAUUUUGGUUCAUUUGACCUUUAACCGCUAUAUUGAAAAGCGAUAAGACCCUGGGGACGAGGUUAGGCAAAAUUUGGGCGGGAACUGCGCCCGCGUCGGCCGACCGCUGAAGAAUGUCGAAGGGUUGUCGCCAUAUUGGUCUAUAUCAGAAACUCAUAAGGGAUUUGAUUGCGGGAGUUGAUCCCUUAGCUUUUCAGUGCCAUUUUCAUCGUAUUAGACAACUUUAUUCUGGCCUUUUUCUUCCAAUGUGACAACCUAAUGUGAAGAUGUUGUUUGACGAGGAAGAGGUGUUUAAAGGUUUGACGGCUUGGUUUUCCUCUAGUGUUCCUGAAAGCGUGAGGUCUCAAUGGGGUAAGGAUAGUUGUUCAACUCUUCUGUUGAGUUUUAAAAAAGCUUAAGCUUAUAAUAACCUUAAACUUGCAAGUCUGAAUAAUUCAGGCUUAAGUAUAAGCUUAUAACGUAUGGAAUACGCAAAGAAACCUUAAAAAACAGGACCUGAACAAUCGAUGAAAUCGAUAAUCGAUGGCAAUCGAUAACAAUCGAUGACAAUCGAUAUCAAUUAAUCGAUUGAUAUUGAUAAUCGAUGGACAAUCGAUCACUAAAAUUUUUGUGAUUAUUGAUUAUCAUCGAUUAUCAAUAUCAAUCGAUAAUCGAUGGGAAUCGAUCAAUUAACAUAAUAGAUUGUUAUCAAUAUGCAAUAUCAAUCGAUUACCUAUUCAGUCAAACAUUUCAAUUGCCAAUUUCAUCGAGUACUAAUAAAGUUACACAUUACACAUUAACAAUACGCUUAAUCGUGUUUGAACGACGACUGCGUCCCAGGUCAGUUGAAUCUUUGCAAUCAACUCAAAGCGAAAUCGAUCAAGUUUGUACACUGACAACGAGAUAUGUUAAUUGUCUUAAUUAUUUGUGCUGUUUUUCACGGAGCCACAUCGAUGAACAAUUCUCAAACUUUGCUACUGAGGUUUAAAAACAAUGUACGAUCUGUGUACAAUCCCGCGAUACCUGAAGAUACGGAGACAUGAAUAGUGCCAAUCAAUGGUAAUCGAUAAAGUUCGCGACCACCUAAGUGUGAUUAUCGAUUGAUCAUCGAUUGGCCGAUGCCAAUCGAUGCUAAUCAACCGUAAUUAAUCUAUUGUCAUCGAUUGAUCGAUUGAUUUUCCGAUCAUCGAUUUUCAUCGAUUGUUCAGGUCCUGAAAAAAGCCACCCUCAUCGGUUUUUUUCAUAGCCGGAUCGUUUAUGGGGUUUAUGCCUAAUCAUAUACAGCAGGCCUUUGGAAGCGUAUAUUGAAAACGACAAGAAAGAAAAACUUUUACGGUAAAUGACCCACUUCCAAAUGAACGCCCCCUCUACGCUGUCAAAACUGUAUUCGACACCCCUCUCUAAUAAACUCUCCCUGUCUAAUAGACGCCCCCUAUGAGAACAGACCUUGUCACGGUUUUCGACGCCAACUUGACAAGUGGUGAAACGCGUUAGAAAUUACAGUGUUUGUAUGAGAAAUCGAAUAAUUUUUGUAGAGCGGCUGUUCUGAAAAAAAAAAAAAGAAUUAUAAACUAAAGCUUCACUCUUAAGGAUUCUACUGAAAAAAAUUGAGGGCGUUACAUGCACCGGAAGACUUGAAACCACUUUUUUAAAUUUGCUAUCCAUUUGUCUGUAAGAAAUUCCAGGGAAAAAUUACAGACAAAUAUAUAGAAAAUCUAAAGCAAGCCUUCCGAGAAAUUUAAGCACAGGUACUCCCCUAGCCUGCGAAAACAUCCGUUUCUCCUCGCUCUUCGCCGCCGGGGACGUUUCGCGAGGAGGAACGUCUGCAACUCAGCGGCAGAAAUUCCAUACUGAUGACGCAAUCCAAUGUUUACAUAAUAAAUCCAGUAGUCAUGGGGUUCCAAAUACAAAUUUGUCCAAUUUUACAUGUCUUCUGGUCGAUUUUGGUGAAGUGUUGUGUUCAUCUGCCAACGAGCUGCAGCAAAACUCAAAUGCUUCUUCUAGAGAAGACUAUAUUCCACAAAUAUUGACUGUUUUGUUAGAGAUUCUUCGCGUUUACAUUUGACCUUUGUGGCCUUUUGUCUUUUGUCUGUCAUUCAUAAACAAUAGCUAAAACAAUGUAUCUACUCCGUCGACCAAUCAGCGCUUCUUACCAGAUUCCGGACAGAUUUUACGUCAUCAGUAUGGAAUUUCUGUCGCUGAGUCGCAGAUGUUCCCCCGCGCGAAACGUCCCCAUUGGCGAAGAGCGAGGAGAAAUGGAUGUUUUUACAGGCUAGUACUCCCCCAAAAUGUUUAAGUACAAUCCUUUGCUUUGUAGCUUUAGGUUUACUGUAGGUAGUGUCGACUGAUAUAUCGGUUGAUAUAGCCGUCGAUAGCUGGUCGGCACUCGGUCGAUAUAGCGGUUGACAGUCGGUCGAGACUGGGUCGAUAGUCAGACGAGUGUGGGAUAGAAUAUCGGCCGAUAUUAUUUUAGACGACGCACCUCGACCGACUAUUGGUCAUAUGUUGGUGAUAUAUUGGUCAACUGUUGAUGGUAUAUCGGUCAACUGUCGGUGGUAUAUCGGUCAACUGUUGGUCGAAUAUUAGUCGUGUGUUAAUUUACCUGUAGCAGGUGAGUCCAAUGGCUUUCUUUUUAAGCAUUGAGGUAAUUAAUUACUGUUAUCAUGCGAUGGGGGAACAUGCUCUAUGAAGCGAACCGAAGAGCACUGGGAACUAGGGAGAAACCAAACCGGCAAUGAUACCCAAAGCAGAGUGAUAUUGAGCUUCAAAUACAUACAGAAACGUUUAUAAAUUUGAGUGAAGAAACCAGAGGAAAAAUUUCCCUCUUCAUCACUUGGUAAGAAUUUCCCUUUUGGAUGAUGCUUCCUCGAAAAUUCUUGAGCAGACUGGCAACUGGCAAAAACUAGAGAAAAAGGAAAAGCGAAAAAAAAGCAGAAAAGUCUAAAGAGAUUGAAUUCGACUUUUGGGCUGACCGAAAAAUGUCCAAAAAUGUGAAUUUUUCAAGAAUUUCCACGUGUCAAUCGGUUAAACAACUCAGACAGCUAAAAUUGGUUCAUAUUUCUUUAGUUUUGCUGCAAUUUCUUCUUCAGGGUUACUGGUAACGGAGCAAAAACUAUACAGACCGACAAAAAUCUUGACCGAUAUAUCGAUAGACUAUCGGCCGACUCUCAACCGAUAUAUCGAACGGCUAUCUUCUGACUAUCAACCAAGUGUCAACCAACCAUCGACCGAGUGUUGACCAAUUACUGACCAAUACAUUGGUCAAGUAUCGACCAACUAUCAGCGAAAAGUCGGCGAAGUGUUGGUGAAGUAUUGGUGAACGAAAAGCUAUAUCGGCCGAGAUACAUCUGGAACGACUAUUGACUGUGUCUCGACCAAGUGUCGACCGACUAUCGUCCGAGUCUUGACCAAGUAUUGACCGCUAUAUCCACUGAGUGUCAACCGACUAUUAACCGCUAUAUCGACCGAUAGAUUGGUCGACACUACCUACAGUAAACAUGAUCCGCUUUAGUUUACAGUUGAAAUUUUUUUCAGAAAAGCCAUUUUAUGGAAAUUAUUCAAUGUUAGAUUCUCAUACAAACACUGUAAUUUCUCACCUGUUUGCCUACUCAUCAAGAUGGCAUUGAAAACUGUGAAGAGGUCUAUUACUCCAAAAUACUAUGGUUUCAGACCAAAAUAGUUGGGACACUUCCACCCAAAGCUCUCUUUAACCCAGAUAAAAAAAUGGUGAAGCCGGUUUUCCCAAGGAGAAGAUUAAAGGAAGUUUGGUUGGGGCUGUGCUGCUGAAACCCUAUGAUUCUGACCCUGUUUAAGGCAAAAUGUAUUAAAAUUGCAACCCUGUUUCAUUAAAAGGACAGGUUCAUGGUUCAGUGCAUGCUCAUUUAUCAAAAUGCUGUUUUUCUGCUGGAACAUGCUGUAUCAUCUGUGCAAGCAAAAUGAUCAUGUCAUAAUGUUGUCAAAAACCCAAUCUGCACACUCCCCUGGCAGUCACUUGCACUUGAUCAACUUGAAUAUUUGCAAAUAGCUGUAAAUUAAUCAUCCAUGGAAUAAAACCUUCAGGUCAAACAAUAUAUUCAACAUGGUAGUGCUGGCAUAAUCCACUAAUUUUUUCUGCGAUUUUAGUACUCCUCCAUCCUACUUCAAGUUACUCUGAAAUACACUUCUACUUUGAAAUACACUCUGAGGUCGCUGAGAUACAUGUGAGCGGGAUUAUUUACUGAUAGAAUUAAUAAUAGAUUGGAAAAAAGUAAUUUAAUUAAUGAGCAUGCGCUUAACUGCGAACCUGUUAAAUAGUGAAUUUGAAUAUUUUUUUUUUAAGUUUGAAGAUCCCAUAUACCUAUACCUGGCAGAGCGGCACAUCCUGAGUGAGCCAAACAUGGAAGUUUCCUCCUCUGGGCAUGUGUCCAUCUGUAAACUCCCAAGGGAACAAUUUUCCCUAUAUAGAGGCAAAGAAACAAUGCAAUUGUUAAUGAUGACAUAUUGUCAAGACAUCAUAACUAAUUUCAAAAUAUGCACAAAUGUGCUUGUCAACCACUUAACUACAAUAGCAAUACUAAAUUCUCAGUUAUUCUAAUAGUGUGUAAAGUAAACAUUCCUUUUACUAGCCUGCAGUGCAGGCGUUUUCUUUGAGUGGGCAAUAUGCUCACGAAAGUGCAAUGUUGAAACUUCCCAAAGAGAGGCGGAGAUGGGGCGAGUCAAAGGGAGCGGGGAGGGGGCGGGGAGAGAGAAUAGAAAAUGCCUGCCCGAAAACACUGUGAAAAUGAGAAACACCCCCUAAUUAGACGCGCGUGACUGCUCUUCCGAAAAUGAGUAGCCAACAAUAACGAAACAACCAAACAGUCGUUCCAGUCCAAAGACUUGCAUUGUCUUAAGAAAAACAAGCUGGAGUUUAUCAUUGUUUUUAUCUUGACUGAGUCACAAUGCAAUUCUCCACAGCCAAUCUCUGUAAAUCGCUAUCUGUGAGAAUUUAACAUCCUGCAAACAAUUUAAAAAACUAACGAGCUGGGCCCAAUGUGAUACAACAUUGCAGGAAAACAUCACAUUCUCGGACUAGAAAGAAAAUUGCUUAGUUAUUCAGAUCCUGAGGCACUUUGGACAAAAAUAAAGAACCUAACAGCCUUAUUAAGCGACAAAAAGAGCUUUAUGCUUCAAAAGAGGUCAAAGAAAACGCUCUUGCAUCAGCGGGCAAAUCAUGAAGACCAGAAAUUCAAAAACCACAGAAAAUCAAUAAGCAUGUCAUGACCUCUCAGUGUGAAACAAGGGGCUAAAAUCACAUUUGCUCAGUCAAAACAUAGAACCCUCUAGAGCAUAGUCUACUCGCCAGAAAAAAAACAAAACAUUGGAACAAGCAGCAUUUUGGCAUGAGGUAAAAGUGGUAUAGGUUUUAGUACUGCGAGCAAAUCUUGUCCUGAUGACCAGUGUAGAAAUAGCUUUGACUUUCUCAUUACGCAAUACACGCGACAUUCACAGCCGCUCCAAUUCCAAAAGACUGACAGAAGACGGAAUAAACAAUAUAGACUUACAGUUAAUUGACAGGCAUCAAUCUACUUCCCUAUGCCACACCAAUCAGGAGCUCCGUUUGCCAGCGUACGGAGUUUCCCAAAAGAACAAUGAUAUCGGGCAGGGGUAUUUUUUUCUCCCCUCCCCCUCCCCCCUUUCCUUUUUUCGCCCUCGCACCUAGUGUGACCAAUUAAGGAACAUAGUGACUUUUCAGUCACAAUUUUUGAACAAAAAACAAAGGAUUUAGGUCAGGGAGCUUCCAACAUAAACUGCAGUGCCAUUAUGUUCAUCUUUGAUAUUUCCCGACUUUCAUAACUGGUCUCCUUUACUAACUACAAAUUCGGUCACUGAAAAUCAAUGUUAUUCGUUCUGAUAUGUCCUUUUUCCGCAUAUUUUGUAAAUAAAUAAGAACCCUACGUCAGACUUUUAAAAUCGAGGUGUUUUAAGCUCUCUUCAUAUUUUUGCCAAAAACAUAUUUACAAGAAUAAAUACCUCUUUUAAAUGCCUCUUAUUUAUUAAGCACCCUUGCUUGGACCCGAAGAUUUAUUGGGUCAUUUACAGUAUUGCAGAAACCUCUCAAAGGUCUUAAGGGAAACAAGCCAAAGGGAAAAAUAUGUUUGAAAAAAAUAAAAACAAGAUGCGGAAAAUUAUACGAAGGAAAAAACAGCUUCGCCAGGAGCCGAACUUAGACCAUCUGUGCAGAAUGUCAACUCCAUUAGACCUCUACUCCAUGCUGCCAACUUUUAAAUAGAAGUGGAAAAUAAUUAUGUUUAUUAUAUUUAAAGCUUUUUUUUGACAUUUUGCUGUGAUAGACACUGUUUGAAGCUGGUGGAAGUGUCUGUAUCAUGAAUUCGAAGAUGUAUUUGAAGAAAUUUUGCAGGAUUUUGGCGGUAGAAGGCAAACUUAUGGCUGACAUAGCCGAUAAGCAUCUCGCAAACCGUCCCAAUCUCUGUGUGCCACUAAAGUAA